AUGAUCACCGCUGUACACUGUUCGGCAUUGCUGUGCAUGAUGGUCGCAUGCGGUCACGUCCUGGCGUAUCCGUACAACGGUAACAACAUGCAGUGGUCGAACCCCGGGGCUGGUGCGAUGGGGUACCACCACCAGCAGCCUGGGUUUGGCGGCAAUGUGGGUCAACAACGCGGGUAUGGCGGUGGGGCAGGAUUCGGCGGCGGCAAUUUUGGGCAAGGUUCGGCGUUCGGUGGACAAUCGCGGUGGCAGUCGGCUGGUUACGGUGGACAGCAGCAGGGAGCUGAGGCCUACCAGACGAACGUUUUCAACGAACCUGACCGGUACGGAUAUGAUUACACGAUGCCUGGAGCCACUGUACACUUCUUGAUGUAUAAAAAACAAGGAAACAGAGAAUCCGGAAGUAAUCAUCAUAAUCAUGGCGUAGAUUCAAGUGGCUGGGACAAACGUUAUUAA